AACGAAAAUUCAGUAUUUCAGUUCCACGCGAACCGUUCGACUGUGUAGUGACGGCGUUUAGUUUCCAGUGAUAGUUUUAGUGAUUUUAGUGCGAGCAAUCGUCGAAAGGAUAAAAAUCUAACGAGGAAGUAAAUCGACCGCCACAAUGGUUUACGAUUUUGAAGUCUAUCGUCCAUCAAAUUAUUCACGAUUGUAUUCGUAUUAUUACCCGACAACUACCAGCUACUAUAGUUCGUACGAAAGACCGUCGAACGUCUCAAGAUACUAUAAACCAUACUGGUCCUACAAUCCAUACAGUUCUUAUUCUUAUCGCACCGCGUCGAGUUAUGGAUAUCGUCCAUCAUACAGAUAUGAAUAUUCGUACGGUCUUCCCUACCACUACACUUACAGAGACGUAAAUCCAAAAUUGCCAUCACUUGCGGCAAUCAUGGCUAACGAUGAUAUCGAACGUGCCAAGCGGUCAAUUCGUGCCAAAUCGCUCGAACUGGAUACUUACAAUUUCGGUCGUUCUAGCAGUGUAUCGCGCUUCGUGCGUGAAACAAGUUUGGAACCGAGCUACAGAUAUUAGGUUUGUAGUUCGCCGGGAAAGCCACCUUUGCUACAUCUGGUGCAUAUUUGUUUUUGAUCGCCAAAUCACCGAACCUUUGAUCGAUGCCUACAGGAUUUCUCUUUCGAAAAUGGAACUAUUUUGUAAACUCAAUUUUAUUUCGACGCCAGUGCAACUCAAAUAUAGAAAUUUCAUGCUACAAACAG